AUGGGAUCGUAUACGACAGGAUGCUCCGCGACCUUUAGCAUUGGUAUCGGCUGUGCAAAAUCGUCAUUCGCCGUGCUAUAUCUUCGAAUUAACCCUCAGCCUGUUCUUCGGAUCCUUAAUAAAUGCCUUAUUGUCUUCCUAGCAAUGCAGGCUAUAGAGGAAGCGCUCAUUGUUAUCCUUCAAUGUCGGCCUGUUAUGGCAGCUUAUGUAGUACCCCGUCCAGCACACGCCAAGUGUCUUGAUCUUCGUGUUCUCUGGUGGUGUACGUUUGUAUUCAACAUGUGUACCGACUUGUUCCUCUUUAUACAACCUAUUCCUGCGAUGUGGAGGUUGCAUCUUCCUGUGGCAAAGAGGCUGGGCUUGAUUGCCAUGUUAUCCCUUGGUUUAUUGGUUUGCGUCACUUCGAUUAUCCGCAUCAUUUUUGUCACUCGAAUUGGACCCGAUGCUACUUAUGAAUUCGCCGAGCCCAUGAUAUGGUCCCAAGUUGAAUUAGCCUCUCUCGUCGUAUGUUCCACAAUCCCAUGUCUUCGCCAGGUCAUUCAAAAGGUCCCCUGGCUCAACCAUGCCUUGGGACUCUCGAGUGGCCGAAGAAGUUCGAAUAAAUACUAUGGAUGGAGCGGCUCCAAGAAGACAGGAGGAUCUAUCCCGCUCAAAAGCUACAACCAGAACCAUAAGGAUGGCUACCUACAGAGCAAGUCAAAAGGCAACACCGCAUAUGGAUUGACGAGUCACGCUAUUGGCGGUGCACAUACCAAGAAUGAUAGCACGGAAGAAAUUUUCCCAUACAAAACCGACGGCAAUGGUGCUAUUUUGGUUACUCAUGAGAUGACUCGAGAUGUCGAGUCACAUACUUCCUCAGCAGCACCUUCGAUAGCACAUGUCGACGACUGCGAGAUAGGAGAUAAUAAGGGGACAUGAAAAGGGGACCGGGCUAUCGAUAGUUAUUAAACUGUUAAUGUUAGUAGGUGGUAG